CCGGGCCGCGCGUGCGCGCGGGCUGAGGUUGGCGGGACCGCGCCUGCCUUGAAAGGACGGCUGUGAUUGGACAGGACGGAGAAAGGCGGGCUGGGAUUGGCGGGAGUGGGGCCGUGAGGGCUCAGUCGGGCGGAGCCAGGGCUGCUGGGAGGGUCCGCCGUCCCGCUCCCGAGGGCCCCGUCCCCUUCUCCGGAUUCCGGGUCGCAAAGGCGGACUCUGCGGUAGAAGCACGGACCAGGGAACGGCGGUGACAUGCGGUUCCGCUUCUGCGGGGACUUGGACUGCCCCGACUGGGUGCUGGCCGAGAUCAGCACACUGGCCAAAAUAUCCUCGGUGAAGCUGAAGCUGAUCUGUGCCCAGGUGCUGCGGGACCUGCUGGGGGAAGCCAUCGACUAUGACAAGAUCCUGAAGCUGACCUCAGAUGCAAAGUUAGAGUCAGGGGAUGUGAAGGCGACCAUCGCUGUCCUUGGCUUCAUCCUUUCCAGUGCAGCCAAACACAAUGUAGACAGUGAAUCUCUGUCAAGUGAGCUGCAGCAGCUGGGACUGCCUAAAGAGCAUGCCAGUGGGUUGUGCCGUUCCUAUGAGGAGAAGCAGAGCCCUCUCCAGGACAGGCUUAGGGCCUGCAGCCUGCGAUUGAGCCAGCUGGGCUCAGUGCGCUGGCGGGUGGAUUACACUCUCAGCUCCAGCGAGCUGCAGGAAGUCAACGAGCCCGUGGUGCACCUGACCUUCAACGUGCGGGACAGAGAGUGUGACAAGAUGACGGCUGUCCCUGUGACGCUCUCGGCCAACAAGUUCUGGGUGCUGCUGGCAGAGCUGAAGCAGGCCCAGACCUUGAUGAACACCCUUCUCUGAGGAGCCAGAAAAGGGCCACGGCGGGAGGAUGCGACACUGGGUUGGGGGGGUCCAGAUCGGUGCUCCUGGCUGGGGAGGAGGACGUUUCCCUUCCCUCCGGGUUUCCGGGGGUCCCCGGGACAGCUCCAAUAAAGUCCCAGUGACAAAACAGCUGUGUCCCGGCGUUGUGCAACAUCUCCCAGCGGCGGGACGGCCUCG